AUGCAUGCGUUGCAAAGCCAUUCUCGGCGGGGCGGCCUUUGUUCGCUUCUUCGGCAUUCCUCUCAGCAGCUGCGCUGUCCGACCGUUCUGCUGCAGCCGUUCGUCACCCAACCUGUCCCUGACAAUAGGGGCAUAAGAAAAGUGGCUAUGGAAGCUGCGAAAGGCGGCGUUACGAGCGAGCUGGUGAAUUUCGUGGUGAGCACCGAAUAUGCCGACUUGCCGGCGGAAACCAUUGAGAUCGCCAAGCGGUGUAUAGUCGAUGGGACGGCAGUGAUGAUGGCGGGAUCGGUCGAACCGGCGUCGACGAUCCUGCGCGAACUGGCGGUGGAUAAUGGCGGCGCGGAGCACGCCCGCACCCUCGGCAAAGGGUCCAUGAAAGUCCCGGUUCACAUAGCCGCCCAGAUCAAUGGCAUGUCCGGCCACGCGCUGGAUUGGGACGAUACCGCACUGUCGGAGGAGAAAGACCGGUCGGUGCUGAUCCAUCCGACCAUGCAACCGCUCUGCGCUUGCUAUGCGCUGGGUGAGCACCUGGGUUCGUCGGCCCAGGACUUUCUGACCGCCUUCAUACUGGGGUUCGAGGUCCAAGUGAAGAUCGCGGAGUCCAUCAGUGCAGAGCACUUCACCGGUGGGCGAGGCUUUCACAGCAGCGGCACCAUCGGCAUCUUUGGCGCUGCCAUGGCCUCGGCAAAGUUGAUGGGCUUGGAUGCGAAGCAAACCGCCAACGCCAUGGCGAUUGCAUCGACCAUGUCGGCAGGGGUUGGCGCCAACCACGGCACUAUGUCGAAACCGCUGAAUAUGUCGCGCGCGGCGGAAAACGGUGUCACAGCGGCGCGAUUUGCUGCCCGUGGCAUGACCGGUCCAGCCAAUGCCUUGGAAGCGGGCCGGGGCUUCUUCGAGGCUUUCGGCGGAAGCUAUGACCCAGAAAAGAUCAUCGGGCGCAUGGGCAACCCCUACGCCAUUGUCUAUCCGGGCACCUCCAUCAAGCCCUAUCCGAGCGGCGUCGUGGGCCAUCCGGGCAUGGAUACCAUGAAGAAGCUGGUGGAAAAGCACAACAUCCAGCCGGACCAAGUGGAGAAGAUCAAGGUCCUGACCGGCUCUAACGUUAUCAAGCCGGGCCCGCUGCGGAUUCUGCAUGCGAACAGCGAGCUAGAGGCCAAGUUCUGCGUGGCCUUCCAAAUGGCGAGCAUUGUCCUGCGCCGGAAGGCCGGGCUUUCGGAGUUCACGGACGCGUUCGUGCAAUCGCCGGAAUGCCAGGAGAUGCAGACCAAGGUAGAGGUCGCCAUUGAUCCAGAGAUUGAUGCGCUGGGCAAGGGCAGGAUCGUUUCAAAGAUCUAUCUCACCACCAAGGACGGUCAGACCUACUUCGAGGAGUCCGAUCUCCACUAUCGCGGAGGACCGAAAAACCCGCUGACGUGGGAUGAGGUGUCGGAGAAGUUCCUGGAUGCGUCGCAGUACGUCCUGCCGUCCGACAAGUCACGGGCCUUCCUCGACCUCGCCAGGGACUUUGAGACGCUCGGCAGUCUCAGUGAGUUGAUGGACAAGGUGACCGCCUGA